UAGACCAUCAAGGAAAAUGGCGACUGUGGAAUGGCUGGAAGACGAAAGUGAGCAAUAAUUCAAUGUAACGAUUAAAGUGCAUAUCGUUUGCAUUUGCACCGUUCUUCGGGUUCAGCUACUGAAAUGUCUGAUCUGACCGGUAUUGAUGAAGAAGAAAAAGAUGCAGAUCCUAUGAUGGACCCCUUAGAUCUCCUUCAUGAUCCAAUGAGAAAUCAGAUGCCCUUGUUUAUGGAAAUGUUGGACAGACCUCAGACUUCUCCAAUGAGAGAAAAUAGCAAUGUCCUUGAUGUUCUCUCCAACACAAAUGUGUUGUCUGUGAAUGGACCUUCUUCACACCAGAUUUUCGAAUCAGAUGAAUUCAACAGCUUGUCAACAGAAAAGGAGGAGGAAAAGAGUAUUACUCAGUUGAAGACUGUGCAGGACAUUGACACUACAGGGAUAUGGGGUUUCGAUGUGGAAUCUUCUGAAAACUCAAUGGAUACUUUUGAGGGUCCCCUAAGCUGGGACCCUCAGAGAGAAUUCAUGCAGUUUCUAUGGGACAACCAUGAUGAUUCUCCUGUGGAGGAGCCACCAAAGGCAGAUCCUCCCCCAAAUAGCCAAAGGAGGAGGAAACGCAAAAUGGACAUGGUGGUCAUGGUAGAUCCCUCAGAGGAACUUUACUCUGAUUUGAGYCUCAAGUCAACAAAAGACAUAUUUGAUGAGGAGGAUCAAGAAGACCCUGUUCCCAUCAACAAGGUCCAAUUAUUAAGAAAAAGCUCCAAACCUCAAUCACCGACAGUGAAGAAAGCCCAGUAUCCCAAUGGAACUGUAGAGGCYAUCAAGCAACUGAUUUUCAGUGCGCCAGCAAGAAAUCCACMUGAGCAAAGCGUGGCUCACAAGCUUACGCCAUUGAAUGGGAAACCGCAGACAGACCAUUGUUCAGAGGAAGAGCCAUUGUUUUUUCCUUGCACAAAGUGCAACAUCAAUUUCAAGGAGAAGAACCAUUUGCACCGGCACAUGAGGACUCACACAGAUCCGCCCAGUCCUAUCAACAUGCCAAAGCCUUUUAUAUGCAGGGAGUGUGGACAGUCGUUCCGCUUUCGCAAYGCCCUCCUUCGGCAUAUGACCAUACACCAGGAGAGAAGGGAGAGACUCAUGGAGGAAAUCAAGGGCAUGAAUGAAUUGAAGGAUGAGGGCACAGAUGCAAGGCUACAGUGCCCCCAGUGCGCUUUUGGAACAAAUUGUCCAAAUACUUUUAUUCAACAUGCUAAGACUCAUGAGAAGGACAAGCGGUACUAUGACUGUAAGAAGUGUAACUACAUGGCUGUGACAGUGUUUGAACUUGAGAGACACAUGAACAAGGAGCACGGUCUCUGUAAAAACCAGGAAGAGCCGCCGGAGAAACCCAGUAUGUUAAAGUCAAAGGAAGAUGAUGAAACGCAUCAUUCUUACUCCUGUAACUGUUGUUCUUAUGGCACCUCAAGCAAAAACGUAUUCAAAAAUCAUCUUGCGAUUCGUCAUAAUCAGACAUACGAAGAAUAUGAAGCUUUGCAGGGUAGAGAAAGAAAGGAGUAUGCACAACCACCUUUUGAGAAGCACCUCCCCAUUAGGAAACUCCCAGUAGUAGAUUCCUUUACUUCAGAGCUGACAUCCAAAUUCUCUGUAAAAAAACAGGCUUUCAGAAAAAGAACAGAUUCCCCUUGUGAUUCAAAUGACAUUUCYGAUCUUUUCAAAAAGGAUAAGAUUGUUCACAGAGCACAAAGGGGAUUCAAGUCUCAACCCACGGAGUCAAAACUUGACAAGUCAAUAAAUAAUCUGCUGUCUCGACAAAGACGUGACAAGCAGAGGAAUGAAAAAAUUGAUGUCACCACAGGUUUUUCUUUUAUCGAGGACAGAAACGGGGACAACAAUGAUCAUGAUUUUGGAAGAACAUUAUCAGGAAUUUCAGAAAAUCCWAAUUCUUCCUCUAAUAGCCACAAAUAUUUAUUGGCAUCUAAGUUGGAGAAUAAUAUAUUAAAUUCUGUCUGUGAAAAGGCCGUUAUGAAAAAGUCCCCUUCCAAAAGAAAAAUGUCCACCCCUUAUCGCAAUACUGUUGACCAGGACUCUUGCUUCAUUUUACCCCAAAAUUUGCAAAGUCCAAAGAUGCUAAAUAUGGUGGAAGAUAUGGAAGAGGAAGACCGUGAUGAUAAGGAUGUGUUCCAGUACAGUGACUAUGCCACAGAUGCCAACACUAAACUUCUUGAUAAAAGUGAAAUCAAGCAAGAUAAACCGUACAUUGUUAAUUCCUUUAGCAGAAGAAUGUCUAUGAGGGGAGUCCUUGGAACCUCUGAAGACAUGUUUGAGAAAGGUCAAGACUGGCAGUCUCAGCAGAAGCUUGUUGUCAAGGAAGAGUGCAUCGAAACACAUAUUUUUGGAGAGACCCUUGCACCUAACUCAGUACCUCUAAGUGAAUCCUUUUUAGAUCCUGAUUCSGAAGGUAGUGGGGAGCGGAAGACCUGCCCUUACUGUCCUGCAAUGUUUGAGUCAGGUGUGGGAUUAUCCAAUCACGUGAGAGGGCAUCUUCAUAGGGUUGGACUGAGUUACAAUGCACGCCACGUGGUAUCAAGGGAGCAAGUGGCUUCUCAAGAUCGGAAGCCCCGCAUCCGUCGAAAGAUGGUAGCAAUGCAACGACUGAAAGUGCCCAAGUUGGGGUCCGAGGACUCUCCGGUCCGAGGGCACUCCUGUCCAUUAUGUGGGGACUCUUUUGAUAAUAAGACUGGGCUGUCCAACCAUGUUCGGGGCCAUCUGAAACGGCUCGGCAAAACCAUUGCCACUAAGUCCAAGUCCCCAAUGUUGUUGCUCCGGGAGCUGAUGCGUGACAAGAGAGAGUUCCAGAGAGCUCUGCAGAUUCUGGGCAAAAAACGGAUCGCCUCCCAUUCCAGAAUCCCCUCAAAGCAGGCCAUAUCUAAUCAUCUGACACCUCCUAAACGGAAUCCCAUCCAGAACCUCUACAACAAUGCCAAAUCACUGGUGCCCACAUAUUCUCUACCAGGGGAAACAUUGGAUAAGAAACAGGCAGAGACUAAGUUGGAGGUGAAAGGUUCACUCUCGAGUGCCUUGAUAGGAAUUCUGAAGAAGAGGAAGUGUCAGGUGGACUCAAAGUUGAGGACUUCCUCUCUAACUGCAAGAAACGCCCUGUCAGUUCCCCCCAGUACAGAGCACAGUAGAGGAGCACAAGUAAACUCAACACUCUCAAACUCUACAUCAGAGAAAGGUGAAUUCAACAGGAAGGUGUGUGUYCAUUGCAAUGCAACCUUCCACAGCGGUGUUAGUCUGUCCAAUCACUUGCGGGCAUACGCAAAACGAAAGAGAACUGCCUUGCUGGAGGGAACAACGUAUGACUGUAAACARAGGMGGCAGAGAUCGAGGCCUGGUUCCAAGAAGAAGACAUCCCCUACUACGCCACACGCACCAGAGGAGAUGUAUAGACUAACCUGCAGAUUCUGUGACCUAGUCUUCCAGGGCCCUUUGUCGGUCCAGGAGGACUGGAUAAAGCAUCUACAAAGGCACAUUAUGAAUACCAGUGUCCCCCAMACAGGGGCAGGCAUGAGGGAGGUCACCUCAUUGCCAAAGGACCCUUCCUUCUCCACCACCACUGAAAGACAGACCCCAUCACUGGCAACUCACACUGCCUCCUAAGCCAAGGGACCUAGUUUAAAAAAAAAAAAAAAACUAUUUUGGUCCUGUGCGUGUAUGUGUUUGUACAUUAGAUGUUCCUUCACAGUUUUAUACAGUCAUAAUUGAAAAAUGCUUGCCACUAUUACAACACACAAUUUCAGAGGAUUAUGGCUACCUAAUCUCUUAACACAUUAGACAUUUUGGAUAUUGUUACAUUUUAAAUGUCCCAUGUUACGAAUAUGAUUCCAUGUGGGCUGACUGUUUUCUUGUGUUUAUGCAGUGAUUAGUGUGGAACCCAUUUCCAAGAGACAACUCUUACCUCAGAUUCCUAAAAAUUCUCUGUCCAUUUGGUCAAGUUUGGAGCAUCUUUUCUCUGUAUGUUGAUAUUUACAUUUAUGCUACACAUGAAAACAAAAAUGGGACAAAUACAAUUCUGUAUUUUUAACAUGUAUUGAAAUCAUGAUCAUAUUGCUACGAUUUGUGUUUGCAGGGAGGGGGGUUCUGAGUAAGAAAAUAAAUUGAUAGUCAUCAACUAAUCUUUAGGUAGAUUUCUUAUCAAUAUGGGUAAGUGUGGCUUGCAAGUUAAUCACAGAACAAAAGGUUUAAAACAUGGAUGCCAGUUUGGUGGUUUCAUACUGCGGUUAUCUGCAUAUUAACUCCUAAGUGAAUAGGGUUUAUCAGUCAGUUUUUGUUCUCGAUGAUGCAGUCGCAGCGCUUAUUGUUGCUGCCUUUCAUGAAUAACUGUUGCCUAUAUUUAAUGUUUUUUAACUGUUAAAAAAAAAUUGCUGUUUGUCUUUUUAAAUAAUUUAUGUUUAAAUGUAUAUCAUACAGAUGAUGCUGAAACCAUUUUUGUGAUGUUCUAAAAAAUAAAAACCAGUUUAGUCAACUGGAUUGACCUGUGGUGUUUCCUUUAGCAGUGUCCCACCAUUAGUUUGUCAAGGAUGGACCAAUUUGCUUUCAUCCACUAACUAAUUCAAAUCAUACCUGAAACUUAACUCAUUCAGUAAUUUUAUGAUACGUCAUCUGGUGAAUACAUUCUACAGUGGGAUACCGCAGGAGUGUACAUGUGUGGGAGACUAACGCCUAAAUAUAUGAUGAACCCCUCAGCUACUUGAUCUGGAAAACAGACUCAUGAAGUUCCAACUUAAUAAAAGGAAUCUGUAUUCACAGGAUAUCAAAGGGCACUGUUAUUCUAAAGAAACUGAAAAUAUUUCCUUUUCAAAACAGCACAAUUUUAACCUUAAGCGACAGUUGGUAUCUCAAAUGGCUGGUUUGCAUAUACUGUAGAUGAACUGUUGUACCAGAUUAAUAUCACAAUGGUAACCUUGACAAUAUUUGAAAAUGGGUCAACCGUCUCUGUUACUGUUUAUAAAAGGCUGUCUUAUAUUCCUGUGAAUAUCAGUCACACAUCAAUUCAUUAUUUUUCUUUAAAACAUUUAUUGUUUGGGUAUUAUUUUUAAAUGAUUGUAAGAAAUUACAAAGUUGGAAAGCCUGUAAGGACCAUAUUUCUUCAGGAAACMAAACAUUACAGUAUUUCUAUCCUUAAAUCUCAAUGAAUCAAAGCAGGUGUUCUAAUGG